AUGGCCACGGAAGACGCAGACGGGAAGCUGACGUGGGAGAAUGGCUUCAAAGAAGGUGACUCGAACGCUUCUGGUACCUACGAUGUAUGCGCAUCCCAUGGUACAGAAUGCGACGUACCCCAACCCAACAAAAAGUGCUCCAAGCCCAGAUCAGAGCCAGAAGCUCCGGCUAGUACAAAGCCCUGCAAAGGCAUGGCCCUCUCCAUCGCCAUGGUCACACACUACUCGGGCCACGGAACCUCCGUAAGCGUCAAUCACGAGUGGAAGUUUUACACCACCAGCGUCGGCAAGGCCGUGGGUAGUUGCGGCGAGACUGACGUCAAGGAAAUUGUUGCGGUUACCGAAGAGACGCCUCGUCCUGGUUCCGAUAGCAAGGCGCCAUUCCCUGGCGGUGUCUUCAUGCUGGAUAUUGAGGGUGAGGCGUGCACGGAGAUUGUUCUGCCCGCAGAGGGAGAUUGGGUGUCGUGA